GAGCACACAGGAAGUCGGUGAAUGGAUGGCGCUGGCCAUGCCCUGGCUGUUACCUCACCUGGGCGUGAAAGCAGCAGCAUGCUAAGCCUGUGCAUCACUGACCCUACACAGGAUAAAAGGGCUCCUGCCCUGGCCUCCUCAGACAGAGCCUCCUCAGCCACAGGCUUCUUCCUCUUGCUGCCUCCUCUGAAUCCGGUUCCCCGACUGCACCAAGAUGUCCUGCCAGCAGAACCAGCAGCAGUGCCAACCCCCUCCCAAGUGCCCCUCCCCCAAAUGCCCCAAGAAGAGCCCAGCACAGUGUCUGCCUGCUGCCUCCUCCUGCUCUGCUCCCUGCUCUGGGGGCUGCGGUGGCCUCAGCUCCAGCUCUGAGGGAGGCUGCUGCCUGAGCCACCACAGGCGCCGCAGGUCCCACAGGUGCAGGCUGUGGAGUUCAGACUCCUGUGAUGGUGACAGUGGUCGGCAGUCUGGGGGCUCUGGCUGUGGCCACAGCUCUGGGGCCUGCUGCUGACCUGGAUCUUGAUGAUGCGCACAUUUCAGAGAAAACAGGAAUUCUAGGAGCCAAUGAGAAGCCUCACCUUCAUGCACGCUUUCCAAAGGCCUCCUUUCCAGAUACCUUGCUCUGGCUCUCACAGGCUGGGCAGGGAGUUUCCAUCCAGGAUCCAAGCUCUCCCAGAAGCCUGUUCCCUUCUGAUGUCACCAGCUCACAGUACCCACACCAGCUGAGAGUGCAGUAGCACCUGCCCCUGAUCCUAUCUAAAAAUAAAGUUUCUCGUUCUGUUACCA